CAAAACACCAUCUGCACUCACUCAAGUUGUUUUACAACCUUCUUUUUCUUUUUCUUCAUCUUUGAUCAUGGAUAACUCCACCAACGUGAGCUACCAAGCUGGCCAGGCCAAGGGCCAAGCCCAGGAGAAGGGCAACCAGGUGAUGGACAAGGUCAGCAAUGCUGCACAAUCAACCGUGGAGUCUAUGCAGCAGGCUGGGCAGCAAGUGCAGGCCAAGGCACAAGAUGCUGUCGAAUCUGUGAAGAAUGCAACUGGGAUGAACAAAUGACUUCUUUACUUUUUGAUUUGAUCAUCAAUUUAUGUCUCUUUCUCUGAUCCAUCUCUCAGUAGCUUGUUAAUUUGUUUUAGUUUAUGUUUGAUUUGUUGUUUUAUGGCAAUCCUUGAUUUGAUUGCUUUCUUCCCUGGCUGUUUGGAGCCAUGGUGAUGAUUUGUACUUCUCUUUC